AUGGUAACAGGGCAAAGCAGCAUAAUUGCAGGCCAUAGGCCUACUGAUGUCAACCCAGAAGAUCCUUUGACGCUCGUAAUAGUACAGAUCGUCCUCAUAGUGAUUUUCACUCGUGUUCUCAACCUUGCGCUUUCGCGUUUUCGUCAACCUCGCGUCAUAUCUGAAGUUAUAGGCGGUAUUAUCCUGGGUCCUUCGGUCAUGGGUCGCAUCCCAGGAUUCAAGGAAGUUAUAUUCCCUGAUCCGUCUUUAACUUACCUUAAUUUACUUGCCAAUUUGGGUUUGAUCCUCUUUUUAUUUAUUAUUGGCGUUGAAUUAAAUCCUAUAAUGUUGAUCAGAAACGCGAAAACUGCUGUUACUAUUUCUGCUGCUGGUAUCAUUCUGCCUUUCUCUCUUGGUAUCGGUGUUAGUUACGGAUUGUAUCAAGCUAUGAACAAUAGUGAAUAUAACGUACCUUUUUCAAGCUUCAUGCUUUUCAUAUGUGUUGCUAUGUCAAUUACGGCAUUUCCUGUGCUUGCCCGCAUCUUGUCCGAACUUAAACUUCUUAGGACGCCGGUUGGAAUCACUGCUCUUACUUCCGCUGUCGGUGAUGACAUUGCGGCUUGGGUACUUCUUGCCUUAGUAGUUUCAAUCAUAAAUGCCACAAAUCUCCUUUCUGCUCUUUACACUUUCUUGCUUUGCGCUGCUUGGACUUUGUUCGUGGGAUUGGCCAUUCGUCCAAUUUUAUUGAUACUUAUUCUCAAGACUGGCAGUAAUGAUUUUGGUGGUCCAUCAGUAACAAUGGUGGCAAUUACAUUAGUGCUCGUUUUAGUAUCCGCCUUUGUCACAAACAUCAUUGGAGUUCAUUACAUUUUUGGCGCUUUUAUUAUUGGCGUGAUCGUACCACAUGAAAGCGGUUUCGCGAUAGGCAUAGCUGAAAAAAUUGAGGAUCUGGUCAGCGUCUUGUUUUUGCCAAUUUAUUUUGCACUUUCCGGUCUUAAAACUCAACUUGGUUUAUUGAGUGAUAUUCAUAUAUGGAGCUGGCUUCUCAUAGUAAUUUGUGUCGAUAUGUUUGGGAAAAUUACUGGUGCAACACUCGCAUCUAGAUUAAAUAAACUUACCUGGAGAGAAUCUCUUACUAUCGGUGUUUUCAUGAGUUGUAAAGGUGCCCUUAUAAUCACAUGUACCACGACUCCUUUGGCAAUGUGGCUUUAUCCAAAAGAAUAUAGAAAAGCAUUGGAACGUUCGCGAGCUGGUCAAGUUACAACUUCGAUUGAAGGUCCUUCUUGGAAAGAAUCUCGUGCUUCUGAUGAUACACUUAUCGAUUUAUCAAGAAAUAAACGUUUAUUGGUUGUAUUAAAUAAAAUUGAAUGGCUACCGGGUAUGAUGAUGUUAUUACAAUUAUUACAACCACUUCCUUUAUAUGCUACUAAAUCUAUUAUAAGGAAUAGUGAUGCUAAUCUUACUAUUGUGGCUCGUCAUGAUUUUGUUAAAGAAGUCGCUGAAAAUGCAAGAAAAACUAAUUCUGAUCUUGUUAUAAUCCCUUGGGAUGGUGCUGGUGCUGUAAUGAAUGAUUCUGAUUCUUUUGAUGAAAUUAUUGGUCCUCGUGGAAGAUUACUUAAAGCUCGUGAACGAAAAGAGACUAGUCCUCAAAUUUCAAAUUUUGUUCAAGGUGUUUUUAAUGACAUUCAUAUCAAUGUUGGCUCUUUUGUUGACAGAGGUUUCGGUGUUAAAUCUACUCAAGGUGGCGACCAAAGUUUAGCAAUUCAUGUAUUUCUACCUUUUUUUGGUAGUAUAGAUGAUAGAGAAGCUUUGAUAUUUGUUGUUAGAUUAUUGGACCAUCCUCAAGUCACUGUAUCUGUAGUUAGAAUAAGAACUGAAAAUGAUUCAUCUGAUUCUCAUGAAAGAAAUAUUGCUACUAGUUCUCAUAUCGAUUCUGAUAAUGAGAAUUUAAAUGUCGAUAGUUCUGAUAAAUUAUCUCCUAGACGACCUCCUUUGGCUCAUACUAAAUCUGCUUCUUCUGUUCAAGUAUUAACUCAAGGUGAUAAGAAAGAACCUGAAUCAAUUGAUAGUUCCUUAUUGGCUCAUUAUUUUAGUGUGAAAAAUGGUACAUUAACUAAUAACGAUCGUAUAUGUUAUACUGAAGUUGUAUCAAGAACUCCAUUAGAAACUGCUAUUGGUCUUGCAAAAGAAAAGGUUAAUAAUAGUAAAGAUUUAGUUGUAUUGGGUCGUCGUAGAGCUGCACCACAAAUUUAUCGAACUGAAUUCAUGAAUAUGGGUAAAAGUUACGGUAGUGAAACUCGUAAAUGUUUGGGUAUUGUUGCUGAAGCAUUUAUGGUUAGUGAAGUAGAAGCAAGUAUUCUUGUUUUACAAGGAAAAAAUGAUGUGAGAAAAACUGUUGCUAUCUAA